AUGGCCCAUAACGGAUUACCAAAGGAGCAGCAGCAACAAACAAAUGGUGGAGAAAGCUCGUCUAAUGGAAUGUCACACUCUGGAAAACCGGUCCAGAAAGGAUGGCAAUUUGACGCUUUGUGGCACGCGAAAAUAACAAACAACCCCACUUAUGAUGCUUUUGCUAAAUUUUUGGGAGAGUUUUUUGGCACCGCAACUCUUAUGUUUCUUGGCUGCAUGGGCUGUUUGGACGCAUUUGACAACGUAACAUCCAACUUCUCUCGCGGCCUCAUCUUUGGCUUCACCGUGAUGGUCGUAAUCAUAACAUUUGGAGUUGUUUCCGGAGCUCACAUCAACCCGGUAGUAUCGAUCGCCGCAUACAUUUACGGAGAUCUAUCAUUCGUGAUGGUUUUGCUGUACUUUGUGGCCCAGUUCACCGGUGCAUUGUGUGGCUAUGGACUACUUAUGGGUGUAGCUCCUCAAGUAUACUUCGACGAAGCCCUUGUCGAUGGUCACGGAACCUGCGUCACGGCCCCUCACGCCAGCCUUACGGUCGGAAGUGCGUUGGCGAUCGAGUUUAUUGUGACUGGGAUUCUGAUAUGGGCCUGCUGUGGUGUCUGGGAUCCCCGUAACGCUCAGCACCAGGAUUCUUCUCCACUCAAGUUCGCCCUGCUAGUGGCGUCGAUUUCUGUUGCUGCCGGACCAGCCACAGGAGCCAGCAUGAAUCCUGCGAGGACACUAGCGCCGUGCGUCUGGAACAAUAGCUAUCAUGAAAUAUGGAUUUACUUUGUUGGUCCUCCAUUGGCGGGUGUUAUCAUGCCCAUUGUCUAUAAGUUUGUAUUCCGUAAGGAAGUACAGAACCCACGCAUACCAGAACCAGAACCUCAGCGGGAACAAGUCUGCGUUUGCAUUGUCCACAACAAAGAAUCGCCUUUCGAUAAAGUUUAA